CGGGGGGCCGCACGAAAGGGGAUGUCCUCACAACAUGACAGAGAGCAACAAGUUCUAAACUCAAUGAAUAGGGUCCAGCAGAUAGAGAUGGUCCAAGGGUUUAAUGACAUGAAGUCAGCGCUGAGUGAUUACCUGAAGCAUUUCGCGGAGAACGGGAAGGUUGUCCGUGCAGAGGACAUACGCGAGUUUUUCACCCAGAUGGAGCAACGAAAACGUCAGAAGACUGACCAUGCCCCAGCACAUUUCUGUAGAUAGAUACAUCUCCAUGAGAAUUGUCUGUUCUAGUUCCGCCAAUAUACUUUGGCGAAAUAAAAUGGUUAAUGUUAUAAUUAGAAUUUGAAACCGAAAUGGUUUUAUUCCAAAUGUUUUUAAAUGUUGAGUGUUUAAAGAGUGUGAUUUGAAAUCUGGAAUUUAGAAUUUUGUUCAAUAGGAAAUAUUGUUGUGCCAGGGACCAAGGUUGUACAUACAUGUUUGAACAAAGAUUUUAAAAUAGUUUUGAAAAGGCUGCUGGUGCAUGCCUGACAAUUGUGAUACGUUUUUAUAUCAUUUGGUGUUUGAACAAAUUUUCAACAAAAUAUUUUUUCAUUACACUUAACAGUUCAAGUUGUAUUGUUUUAAAUGUUCGUACAUGUUUCAUUUUCUCAUAUUUCUCCUCAUCUCUUGCAUCAUCAUCAUCGUUGUCGUCGACGCCAUCAUCAUAUUCAUCAUCUUUGGCAUUUUGUGUUCAAUAUCGAACUCCAUGUGUUUUAUAUAUGCAAUUCAUUUGAAUAAAAUUGAUGUUUUU